CCCUUAAUGCAACAAUGGCUGUAAAACGGAUAAAAUCCAGGCAGAAUCAGCCUAAUUUAAACCAGUCUACAUUUUCGGUCAACCAGGUUUUAAACCCUGAGUCGGCUUCCCUCAAAAUCAGGAUCUAAGGUUAAAUCGACCAGUAGAGGGCACACUGGAAAUCCCACUAGUCUUAAUGGCACAAGAUUGAGUUCUUUGGCAGGGAACCAGUCUAGUCUGGAGCUUCUGCACAGUAUGCUAGAGCAAGUAGAGACUGAACUGGACUCUCUAGAACCUCAGAACCCCCAAAACUCUGAAGCUGAACCUCAGCAGGGGAAACAGGGCCUGACCGGCUUCUCUGUGGCUUUAGUAUCUACACUUGGGCGCCUGGCAAGUCAUAUCAGAAAAAAAGAGGAGGAGUUUCAGAAGGAGGCAGAGGAGAGAAGAAAGCUAGAGGAGGUCGUGAAGGAACAGAGGGCUUUGAUUGAUGCUCUCACUGUGGAGUCACUCACUAUCAGAGAGGAGACCGCUGCCCUACAGGCAAGGCUUCAGCAGCAGGUAUCUAAACUAGAGCAGCGUCUGGAUGCUGUAGUCCUGGUUCUGGGAGAACCAGAUUCUGCAACUAAGAUCUUGGACAACACAGCUCAAAAAGGCAGGUAUCAAGAGUCUGGAUGUAUUGAAAAGGAUCAACAUGCAAAGCAACAGGAUAUCAUCACUACAGCCGUUUUACUCUCUCCUCCUCGGCAAAGAGAUGGUCUGCCCCCUGCAGUGUUUCAUCCACGUUCGCUCAUAUCCCCACUGACUUACAGUGGCGUCUGCAAUGCAGCAGGAAGUCAGAGUUCACUUGAGGACUUGGACAUCCCCUGCUCUCCUUCCUCCUUUGCCAGCUUGCCACGCCCCACUUCCCUGCUGGACUAUCUUUCCCAAGAUGCCAUGAAAGGAGAUGUGGUAGAUUUGACACGUCAGAAUGCAGAUAUUCGGGCCCAGCUGGAUCAAAGCCGCCCAUCUCCAACAGGAGCAUCAGUAUCGAGAGUCCAGAGUGCGCAUCUGAUCACAACCAGUUCUGUAGUUAGACAAGAACCACCCUGUACAGAACAACCACUUAGACAGCAGCCUGUUUGUGUACAGAGAUCUUCAACGACAGAGAUUGAACAGAAACUGCAGGAGUUGAACCGACAAAGCGCAGAAGCUCGAGCUAAACUACUAGAGCUCAUUGAGCAACAAAAACAGAGCUCGUCCCUCAGAGUUUCCCCUGCAAUUUCUCCAGUGCCACCUCAUUCCAUCAGCACUCACACAGCUGUUAAAGGGUUAACUCCAGAACCGUUUCUGACACGUCCUGAGAGGAACCAUUCUCCACAGUCCACUGGAAGCAGCAGAAGGUCAGCUGAAAGAGUUUCACCGCAAAGUUUAGACAGCGUGGAAAUCCAGAGCAUUCAGAAUCAGAUGGGCAAGGUGAAAAGAGAAGGCUGGUUUGCGUUGUCUGCUCAUGUCAAAUAACUUGAGUUCAGCAAAAGGACAAGUUACAGAAAAUGUUACAUUUACAAUCACUUUAGCAUCCCCAUUUAAAUGUUUUAGGUCUCCUUCACAGCAUAUGGCUCAUGUUUUAAUAUCAGGAUUAUGAGGGUCCCUAGUGUGUGUUUAUGUAAAUCUCAUUUUGUUCACAAAAGCAACAAACUAUAAGAAUGAACAAUCAGGAGUGUGUUGUGAUGGUCAUAUAUUUAAUAUUAGUAAUAAAAAUAGUAAUGAAAAUCUUGUUUGGAGAAAUAACAUUCACUCAAAAAGAGUUGUUUUCCAGACGUUCUACAUGAAGUAUAAGGUUUAUAUGAAGUAUAAGGUUUAUAUGACUUAAAAUAUCAUUGUGCAUGUAAACACACUGACUGACUUAAACACACUGUAAUGUAUUGUUUCUUUGUUUUAGGAAGUACACAAUGCCGCAAUACAUUUUAGAUAAUUAAA